CGUGUGGGUCUUUUUUGAGGGGUCCUUAACAUUCAAAAUAUUUAUUUAUUCAACCCCACGUUUUUCUUUCCUUCCCUAACCCUUCUCUCUCUUUUCCCUCUACUUAAAUCCUCCUUCCCCUCCCUCCUUUUUCCACUCAUCUCAUCUAACACUUUCCCUCCCACACAAAACACUAAUCACACCUCCGGCUCUUUCUUACUAUCAUUACAAACUACACCCCCUCUUACCAAGUGUCCAAAACAACAUUAUACUUUGUUUCUUAAAAUCACCAAAACAAAACAAAUAACACAAUGGUUGAUGAUUCACCUUCUUCACCUUCACAUUCAUCACCACCACAGUCAUUGAGUUGUUCAAGUGAUGAAGAAAAGAGAGGAAAGAAAAGAGAAAGAGAUAAUAACAAAAACACAAACACAAACACUAAUCACCCAGUUUACAGAGGAGUUAGAAUGCGGACGUGGGGAAAAUGGGUUUCCGAAAUAAGAGAGCCAAAGAAGAAAAACCGAAUCUGGCUUGGAACUUUCGAAACAGCCGAAAUGGCGGCGCGUGCACACGACGCAGCAGCACUUACCUUAAAAGGCUCAUCCGCAUUCCUUAACUUCCCCGAACUCUCAACUUCACUUCCUAAACCAGCUUCCAACUCACCAAAAGAUGUUCAAGCCGCCGCCGCCAAAGCCGCUCUUAUGGUCCCUCCGCCUCUCUCACCGGAACCUUCUUCUUCCUCCUCUUCCUCCUCCACAUCCUCCACCUCCACCUCCUCCUCGACAAUAGAAGAUCUGGUAGAGAUUGUUGAACUACCGCGACUCGGAACAUGUUUUGAGUCACUCGACCCGAGUAACGAGUUAGUGUUUUUUGACUCAGUUGAUUAUUCAGAAUCAUGGUAUCAUGGCAUUUAUGAUCAUGAAGAAGAGAAUGGUUAUGGUAGUGGAUGCAACUUCAACAUGAUAUCAAUGCAUGACCCAGAAAACACGGUUCUUUCAUUGUGGUCUUGAACAACUGUUCUUAAUGUCACAUACCCUUUUUUGAUGUGUCUGUUUUUUUUUUUUUUUUUUUUAUUUGAAUUAUUGCAUAUAGUAAUACUUUUAUUACUUUAGUAGGGGUCCUUUGGCAAUUUUUAUUUCAAGGGGGCUAAUAUAUAUGAAUAUGAAUGUAAUUUUUUUGUUAUUUUUAUGUGGUUAACAUAUUCUCAAUUUUGAUCAAAAUUUUUUAUAUAAUGAGAUGUAUAUUUAUGGAAUUUAUAAUACAAAUUGUUAUUUUACUUUUU